CGAUUCACGAGGAGAAAUAAAACUAAAACAUAAAGCAAGGAAAGUCAAGCACGCCGCGCUAUACACAGCGGAGUAAUAAGUUAGCAGACGACACCGGCGUUGGUAGUUAUCAGUUGGCUAGGUAUGUCGAUAGAUGUCGCUGGGGGCGGGCCGAGGCAUUCCCUUCCAUGCCGACGCGACGCGAGCGAGCAGUGCGGAGUCAGUUGGCCGAGAGAAUCCAACGGCGGUGCGCGUGGCAGGCCGCAGCAGCAGUAGACACGAACUGGUCGUGCGGAUCGUAGAUUUAAAUGGCCGUGGUUGAUAGUGUUGCGCGAGUAUAGUGUACACAUAUCGUUCUCUCGGCGACGGCUGUUCGGGCUUCGGCCACAAGCUGUCGGCGAGGCGCUGCUGCCCGGCUGCAGCCUUCAGCCUGCCUGCUGCCCGCUGCUGCAUGCACCGCUACGACGACUACGAGGCGUCGGCGGCGGCAGCGGCCGUGGCGACGACGUUGUUGUACAUAGGCAGCGUGCACCGACAACACGGCAGCCCGCUGCUGGCCACACCAGCGCGGAAAAUGGCUGCUGCUAGUGCUUCUACUACUGGGCCGCUGUAGCUGCGACCGAGCAGUAGAGAGAAAAAGGGCAGGGACGUGCGCUGCUGCUCUCCGGCGCUACGCUUAGCUACACACUCCUGUCGCUCUCGCCUCUCGCUGCACUGCUCAUCGUUGGCUGCUCCCUAUAGUGGCUCCGCAGCUCCUGCAUCACGCGAACGCCGAGUGUCUCGUUUGCCGAUCUCUGCACUACGGGAGAGAAAAAGAAACAACAGAGAGAGAGAGAGCAACAACUCAUUGUGUGUAUACUACUACGUUCGCCGCGACACUGCAAAUGUAGCGAAUAAAAGAAAAUAAGUGUGCUCGUGCUUUGUGUACAUACGUGUGCCGUAGAGUGUGCGCGUGUGUGUGCUACAUGUAUGAGUGGCCGCGUGCUGCUGCUGGCUACUGCUACUGCUGCUGCGCCUCGAGUGCGCGUAUAUAAAUAAUCUGUCGAAGUGGUGCAGUGCUGGUCGUCGUCGUCGUCGUCUGCGAUAAGGAGCCGUCAAGCAGACACUACGAUUUGGAGUGGAAACGCGAAGCAAGAAACACUUAUCCGGAUGCGAAGCUAAGGAUAGCCGCUGCAAGCGAUUGCAGUGGGCCGGCACACGAAAAUGGCGGUGAGGUAGUGUUGUCCAGCCGGCAAGAGUUGGGAGCGAGGUCAGUCGACGGCAGCCGGAACGAUGUGAAGCGCAGAGCGCCAGGCCGAGAGUCCCAGAGUGCCAGAGAGAGAGCGACCGAAAGACGAUAGAAGCAGAGGACAGCAAGGGGCGCGCUUGCCAGGGAUGAAGCCGCAGAAGAAGGCGGCAGCAGCCAGCCGCAAGGCCGCCAGCAAGCUGCCGGUAGCGGUGGCGAAGAAGCGCCGCGCCUCCGUCGACAAGUGGCCCGCGGUGGCGAGCGCCACGACGGCGAGCAGCGCGGCCGAGCUGGCCAAGAAGCAGCGGCUGGCGACCACGGCGGCUGCGGCGGCGACGGUGGCAGCGACCACGGCGGCGCUCGCCGCGGCCAAGAAAGACGAACCGAAGCAGCCGCGAUCCGAGCCCAAGAAAAAGAGGCUGCUCGCGGCAGUGCAGAUGGCCGCGGAGCAACCGCCGAGCGACGCAGGCGACGAGCAGCAGCAGCAACAGCAGCAGCACCAGCAGCAGCAACUGCAGCAGCAGCAGCAGCAGCAGCACCAGCAGCAGCAACAACAGCAGCAGCUCGACCGCGGUAAGAAGGCGCCGCUCAACGGGCUCAGCGGCUCGCUGGACGAGCAGCAGCUGAAGCUGCCGCUCGCCGCCACCUACGCGUUGCCCGUCAAGAAGAGAAUCAAGGACGAGCACAAGCGCGGCGCGCACGAGCCUGCGGCCAAAGACAUUGGCAAGCAGCACCAGUCCAAGCAGCCCAAGAAGCCCAGCCCGCCCAAGAGGACGGUCCUCGCCGCCAAGAAGCCCAGCGCCAUCGCCAAGAAGCCCCUCAAACCGAAGCUAGUCAACAAGUCCGAGACCGAGGCCGCAUCCUCUCCGCCUCACCAUCCGAGGGCAUAUCAACAUUAUCACAACAAUCAGCACCAUCACCCGUCGAAAAAAUCACCACCAACCUCUUUCCUGGCCAAGGGCAAGAAAAUGCUCAUCAAGAAGUUCGCUGCCGAGGAGAAACUAAAGGCACAGAAGCAGCCGAAACAACAGCAACAGCAGUCUGAGAAGAAGCAGCCACCGGCAGCAGCACCGCUCAAGAAAGAAGCCGAGAACAAGCUGAAGAGCAGUCAUGGCAAUAGUCCACUAGCCAAGAAGAAAGAAGCGGCGAGCAAAGAAAAAGAACAGUCGGAGCUCGUCAACACGGACCACAUCAAGAAGGAGCUGAUCGAGGAUGAGCCAACACCACCCGCGUUGCCCGCGAAAAAGCAGCCCAAGUCUAAAGCCAGCGCUAAAAAAGCUUCGGCCAAACGUUCCCCUAAACAUCAACAGCAUCAACAACAGCAGCAACAGCAAUCGCAACAGCAGCAGCAAAACGACAACCUGGUGCGCAAUCCAGUGAACAAUCUGACGCCCAAGGAAGAGCCGGCGAUAGGUAAAGUGAAGGCGGAGGCUAUGAAUGGGGAUAGUGAGGCGACGAGUUCCGAGUCAGAGUCAAGCGACGAGGAGUACAACGCGCGUAGAAGCAGAUCGAGGCGGGGGACAGCUAGAGAGAGGACGCCCAGCGAGGAGCGCGCAAUGACCAAUCGCAUGAAGCUCUUUGGCUUCUGGAGUGGACCCAAAAGGCACCGUGUCGCGUCGCUGAACGCCCUCGCCAAGGUGCACUGUCUCUACGAGAAUGAGAACGGUGGAGUCUACCUCGGUGGCUUCUGCAAGCCCAAGCCCGAGAAGGACGCUACGAAACAGCAGCCUAAGAAGGAGAAGGAGGACAAGGACUCGAAGGAGCCUAAAGACGCAAAAGAUUCCAAGGAUUCCAAGGAGUCCAAAGAAUCCAAAGAAUCAAAGGACACGAAGGAAGCGAAAGAACCUAAGGAGCCUAAAAAGGAAAAGAAACCGAAAGUCUGCAAAGAAGAAGACGCACUGUCCAAGCGCAAGCUUAGAAACGUACCAGGACUAAGGGGCAAACACUACGAUGUUCUGCGAGGUAUGGGAUCGUCGUCGUCUGCUACCUCCUCGGAGGAGGAGGACGUUGAACUGAGAAAAGAACGCGCCAAGGAGCGCAAGAGGAAGGAAAAAGAGCGAGAGAGGCUGGAAAGGGUCAAAGAACGCAAACUACAGGAAGAAGAAUUGCGUAAGGAGGAUAAGGACGGACAGGUGGUGAUAAGGAAACCCAAGCAGAAGCGCCGUAAGAAGAACCAGGAGGUGAUGGAUCUUAAGGAUAUGGUGGUGUGCAAACGUAUGGCCAGUCUUAACGCCUCGGCCAUUCUUGCCGCCUCAUACUCCGACGAAAAGAACCGAUUAGGCACAAGUAGCGACUCCUCGUCCAGUAGCGAGUCCGAUGUUGAAUUUAUCAAAAGGAGACGGCAGAGUGACUCGGAAUUGGAUAAGAGAAAAGGACGGCAAACGGGCUCUGACGCUGACGACCUAGUCAAGCCCUCGAAGAAGGUCGUCAUCGUUAAUCAGGACACUGAUGUUACCAUCACAGGUGUCUACGUCAAUCAAACCCGGUCGACUCAUCGAGAAGAGUACUGCAGUAUCGCUGGACUCCAAUACAGAAUCAGUUCGACCAGCCACACGCAAACUGCUGCGACAGCCGUCGCUACGGAGCUCCACGAUCAGAAGGAACAGCCGUGCAAAUCUUACACUCCACUCGGCGCGCUUUCAUCUAUGCAGCCGCCCGGCUCGCAGAACCACUCGAACAUGUCUCCUCGGCGGCACUCCGCCUUUUCAGCGCCACAUCAGCAUGGUGCAAGCCGCUUUUCUCUUAAGAGCGGGCGGUGUAUUACAUAGCCAUAACGUCGAUAACGUACUUUUUCAUGACGCUGUUUACAGAAAAAAAAACGUGCAAAGAUAAAGUAUUCGGAAUCGCUUUUCGUGGAAAAACCGAGAACGUCACUGCUAUAUAAAGAGCUUCGGCAUGAAUACUCGUUAAUACAAGCUUCAAAAUAUUUGCGCUUUUCGAGUUAUUAACAGGUCAAUGUCGUAUCAAAAAUCAUUUUUGUAGCAAAGUGAA